UUGAGGUGGAAGCGGAGGCAUUUGGCAGAUGUUGGGGCCAGAAGUAAAAAAACAAGUCGCGUCUCUCGCACCGCGGUCCCCCCCCCCACACACCAGCCUCACGCGGGCGCCGAGGAGGGGCUGCUGAUGACCGCCCGGCACGGUUCCGGUUACAAGACACCUUUUCUGUCUAAAGCGCUUCUGUCGGGCUCUCUUCACAGCUCUCUUCUUAAACCCGCUGGCUGGAUGAAGACCUCGCCGCGUCGCGCCGAACAGCAUGCGCGCCGUUUAACCAUACUUCACCAUGGUGGUCGGUGCGUGUUAGCUAGUCGGGCGAAGCCCAGGCACGGGUUCAGACUCGAACUCAUGAUCAUCGGGUGAAGAGUGCGGGACGCGAACCACUGCGCCGGCCAGCGGCGACUGUAGACACGAAACACAGUCUAUGGUGUAGAACGUGCACGGCAUUUGGUGCGGGAGGUUAGAGGUCGCGGUGAGCGAGCGGAGUCGACACGAGAGAGAAGAGACGAUGAGCGAACGUGGACCUUCAGAGGUCCAGCCGAAGCUGGAGUCUAACCGCGACGCGGCGAACCAAGUGGACGCGGACCAAGAGCCGGACUCGAACUCGGAGUUGUUGCAUCGCGACCUGCAACUGAUGCAGCGCAUUGGCGCGGGCACAUACGGAGACGUGUUCAAGGCAAGGCGCAUUCACAGUGGACAGGUGUGUGCAGUCAAAGUUGUGAGGAUUGAACCAGGCGAGGAGCUGGGGGCGAUGGAGCAGGAGAUCAAGGUUUUGCGCGAGUGCGAGAAUCACAACAUCGUCGCCUUCUACGGCAGCUUCCUCCGGCACGACGAGCUCUGGAUCUGCAUGGAGUUCUGUGGAGGAGGUUCUCUGCAGGAUGUGUACCACGUGACGGGCGGCCUGGCGGAGCGACAGAUCGCCUUCGUGUGCCGUGAAACCAUCAAGGGCUUGGCUUAUCUGCACAGCAAGAACAAGAUCCAUCGAGAUAUCAAGGGAGCCAACAUCCUGCUGACCGAGAGUGGCGACGUGAAGCUGGCGGACUUUGGGGUGUCCGCCCAGCUGACCGCCACCCUGGCCAAGCGGAAGUCGUUCAUUGGCACGCCGUACUGGAUGGCCCCAGAGGUGGCGGCCGUGGAGAGGAAGGGCGGCUACGGACGGCAGUGCGACGUGUGGGCCCUGGGCAUCACGGCCAUCGAGCUGGCGGAGACGCAGCCGCCGCUCUACCACCUCCACCCCAUGAGGGUCCUCUUCCUCAUGUCCAAGAGCGGGUACCAGCCGCCCCGCCUCUCCGACAAGGCCAAGUGGUCCUCGGCGUUCCACAGCUUCAUCAAGGCCACCCUCACCAAGAGCCCCGGCAAGAGGCCAAGUGCGGAGAAGCUCGGCACGCACGCUUGGUUCCGCCAGCCGCUGACCCGCUCGCUCACCGUGGACCUCUUGGAGUCGGCGCGGAGGCUGCAGCGGCCGCACGGCUCCCCCUCGCCGUCGCGCGGCUGGGGCGGUCGCGGGGGCGGCGGCAGCCUCGACACGGAGGAGGACGAGGAGGACGAGGAGGACGAGAACCCACACGCCGACGGCCUGCAGACCAUCCGCCCGGCCACAAGCGCCGCGACGCCCGCUCCCUCCGACGCUGCCAAGCAGCCUUACUCCACGGACACCAUGGUGUGGCUGAGCGAGCCGCGAUCGCCUGACCCCGAAUCAAACGGCACGAUCAAGUUCUCAGGACGAGUCUCAGCGGAACCUACGGAGCGCGGGGAGUCUGGAGAGUGUGGGGACUCUAGGCCCGUGCCUCGUCGCUCCUCCUCGCUACUGCGGCCGGCCCCCAUGGGGCCCACGGCCCCCGUGACUGCCAGCUCCUCCUCCUCCCGGAGCCUCCCGGCGCGGCUCUCCGGGCCCCGGCCCCUCCGCUCGUGGCCCCCGCUCUUGGGCCCCAGGGCCCCGGCGUGGAGGUCGGAGGUCGCGGGCGGCGGGACGCCGCGGCAAGACGUGCCGGGUGGCGGCGGCAGGAUGGGUCGGCGCUCGGAGGGCUCGGGCGUUGGAGACUCGAGCUGGUGGUCGAAUGCAGAGGAACGGGGCACGGGAGGGAGCAGUUCGUCCCCUAAUACCUCUAAAGUGCUCAGCAAUGGGCUUCCUCCCACCCCUGCUGUCCAUAUGGGCGCGUGCUUCUCCAAGGUGUUCAACCGCUGCCCGCUGACCGUGCACCACGCGACCUCGUGGGUGCACCGCGACACGAGAGACCAGCACGUGCUCCUGGCGUGUGAAGAGGGAAUCUACACGCUCAACCUCAAUGAGCUGCACGAGGCGACUCUGGAGAGGCUGCACGGGCGGCGAUCCACGUGGCUCUACGUGUGCAGCGACGUUCUUGUGUCCGUGUCCGGCAAAUCGGCACAGCUGUACUCGCACUGCCUCCCAGGGCUGUUCGCUCGCGCUCGCAGGGACAGGCGAGUGACGGCGCACAUCUCGGCUCACCUGGGGCUCCUGCCCAGGAAGUUCAAUCUCUCAACCAAGGUCCCCAAUACCAAGGGCUGCCUGCGGUGUCGAGUCGUGGAGAAUGUGCACACGGAGAGCCGCUUCCUGUGCGUGGCGCACUCCGGAGGGGUGCGUGUGCUGCAGUGGUACGACCCGCUCCACAAGUUCCUGCUCAUCAAGCAGGUGGAGGUGCCGCUGCCGAGCCCGCUGCGCGUGUUCGAGCCGCUCGUCAGCCCCGACAGCGACUUCCCGGCCGCGUGCGUCGGGGUGGCGCGCGGGGAGGCCCCUUCCUCGGGCCGCCCCUUCCUGCUGCGCUCCCUCGACCUCGGCUCCAGCCCCGCAGGAAUGACGGAUCUGGCGGCCGAGUGGCAUGGCAGCGAUGAGGGCGGAGGAGGAGGCGGAGGAGGAGGAGCUGUGGAGGAGGACGAAGGCCUCAUUCUUGCACAGCUCGGGAGGGACCGACUGCUCGUCUGUGCUGGCGGCAGUGCGAAGUUGAUCAACCUGCAGGGACGCCUGCACAGGCCCCGCAGGGGUCUGACCCCCGAGAUGGAAUUCGACUUCAAGGUUGAGUCCAUUGUGUCCCUGCAGGACAGCGUGCUGGCCUUCUGGAGGCACGGCAUGCAGGGCAGAAGCAUCUCCACCGGCGAGGUUACCCAGGAAAUCACGGACAGGAGCCGGAUAUUCCGGGUGCUCGGAACGGAAAGGUUAGUGGUGUUGGAAAGCAGAGACGUGAGCGAACCAGCGGGCCCUGGGAAUCUAUACAUCCUCGCUGGUCACGAGAACAGCUAUUAGAGAUGUAUCAUGUGAAGCAAUGCAAAUAAAUACAAAGCAUGACUGCCGUUGCUGUGUGCGAGUGCUGCUAAUUUAUUACGAGGUUUCACAGUACGUUAUGGAACGGGAGCGUUGGUGCAAUGGCUAACAUUCUAAGAUUGUACCGUAUCGUGUAAAAGGUGUUGUGGAAACUCUAAUCGCCAGGGAUGUCGGCUCUGGAAUUUACCUCAAGUCACCGGGUUCAUAGCCCAGUGUGCGAAUCAUCAUACUAUGCCAUCCCAAAUUAACAAAAAAAACAUGUGACUGAAAUUCGCUCCAUGCACAACUGUUCAUAAACACCAGCUCUUACAUUUGCAUAUGUCUCCAUCACAGCAGGCGUAUUAUGUAAGAGAUCAAAGUGCUUGACAAUACAUUUUAAAUUGCCUUUUCCUCCCAUUAAGCUCUAAGCCCGUGACUGAUAGCCCGAGACACACAAGCCAAGAACGUAUCUCAUCAUCAUUAUCAACAGCAGCCAUGUUCUACAAAAUGCUGGAUGAAGGCAUCCCAACGUCAUCGCGGUCCAUCACGGUCCUGCCGAUGCCACAAUCCAUUUCACUCCUACACAAGAAACUGAUCUCAUCGCUUCAUCUCCACGGGGGUCAUCCUCUCGAUCCGUCGUGAAUCUCGACCACUGGCUGCUACCAUCAUCCUAUCUAGGGGGCAUGUCCUGCCCAAAUCCACUUUUCAUGACUUUCAAUGUGAUGUACCUUGCAUGUUCUCAAAUAGAAUGUAUUCAUCUUCAUUUUUUUGGGUAUUUUACCAGGUAAGGCGCACUGAGCUAUAUAGCUCUUUUUCAAAAGCAUAUCGGCAUAUUCUGCAUAUUCUCUGCAUUUUCCAGAUCAACGUAAUGUACACACGUCAUCUAUAUAAAUAAAGAAAAUCUGAAUAUAUGUAUGUCUCAAAAACCUCUUGGGUACUUUCCGAUAAGGUAGAAAGCUGACAUUUUGUGCGUAUGUCGCUGUUAGAACACAACAGGACAUUUUUUAAAAUCCGAGAUUUUUUCAUUUGAAGGCCCCUAAAUCUCAAUUUUAAGGGCUCCAUAAACAUGUUUGUGUGUGUCAUUCAGAAACCGUGCAAAAUAUAAGAUUGUAUUUUUUUAAUUGAUGGAGCAUUAAAUAGCAAAUAAAAUUAAAACGAGAAGCAUUCUAUAUGUUGUUUUUGAGAUAUUUCGUAUUCAAGCAGUUUUUAACGAAAAAAUAUGCAUUUUAUGAUGUUAAAAUCUGAUUCAUUCGAAAACGGUAAAAGAUAGGAGCUUCCCCUCAUAGAGUAUUAUAUUAAUAUUGUUUGUUCUUUCUAAUAAAAACGGAAUCGUUAAAUUGA